AUGCGCACGCACGACCUGAAGCUCACGCUUUUGCUUGUGCAGCCUGCAUGGAGCAAGAUCCUCUAUGCGCCCCAGCCAUACGAAGACAACUACGUGGACGAGACGUUCCUGGAGCAGAUGCGGACGAACGCCAAUGCACGUGAGCACGACUACGGAGGGAUGGUCCGCUCGGCCGCGGCCAUCACACAGCAGAUCUGCGCUCUCUUGAUUUUCUUCUCCGUGUUUGAAUUCGUUCGCCAAGAUGCAGUCUCGGCCGUCCUGCUGGGCGCCAUCGACGUGUUCUUGGCGGUCGCUGGCUUCGCCGUGCUUCGUGUUUGCCUCGUGCUGCCUCUGCACACGGUGGACACGCUGAAGUCCUGUCUUCUCUUCUGUGCCACACUGUCGCUCCUGUCGCCAGUACUACGGACGCUCACAAAGUCAUAUGCAAAUGACACGAUCUGGGCGCUGGCGACGUCGUUAGGCCUGUUGCACCUCGUCACGCACGACUACAACUAUGUCAACUCGGGCAUUGGUCGCUUCAGCGGGACGAUCUCACUGAACGCCGCUAUCUUCACGGCCGUGCUGCUCGGCUCGCGGCUCCAGUCGAACGAGCACGUGUUUGCGUUCGUGCUGCUGGCCAUCGAAAUAUUCGCCAUGUUUCCGAUCUUCCAGCGCGAGAUCAAGCGCCACUCGGAAAGGCUGCACAUCAUAACGGCGGUCGUGCUGUUCGCACUGUCGUCGGCGCUGACCUGGCAGCUCUCAGGGCUCCUGAGCGUAUUGUCAGGCGCCUUUGUGUCCUUCUUGGCCUUCGGCUGUCCGCUCUGGUUCAUGCACGUGCAGGAGUCCAAGAACGAGAUUCUAGGUCCGUGGGACAUCGCGCACAUCCAGCCAGAGCAGUAG